AUGAAGUGCCUCAGUCAGAUAGCGAAUGCCGAUAGCUCGAGCAUGUCGGGUAGUGAAAGAGAUCAGCUGAUCGACAUGUUCGUGGAGGUGAUCAGCUCCAUCAAAGAUGUUGAAGUGAUGUGCCGUCGAAAACACGAAACGGUGGUCUCGUUGAUUGAUUUCAUCACGAUAUUUCACGACAACCAUAGCCAAUUGCUUGAAAAAGAGUUCCCGAAUCCAACUAGAAAUGCUAAAGUGAAAGCUCACCAUUUAAAGGCAAUGACGAUAGUGAAGGAGGCGACAAUGUAUGGGAAUAUUAUUUUGUUCGAUCGUGCUAUUCGAUUUUGGAAUAAUCUUUCGAUUAAGCUGGCCAAUGAGGCUCACAAAUUUGGGGUCCACCUCCAACAUUAUCGGCAGAAUUUGCACGAGGUCUAUCCGGUUCUCAAGGAUCAACUGCUGAGAGUCUCGUUUGAUCCUUCGAAUAAUAACAACGCGGUUAUUCCCACGAUGCUCCCAACCGCUGAAAGUGUGCAAAUUUUGCGCAACACCGUUGAGAAUCUCGAUCGAUUAUUUGAGGAUGAAUCGUCGGUGAAACGUAAUGACGCCAACGCGCUGAUGAGACCGACAUCCGAUGAGGAUGGUGGUGGAAUCUUGAAAGCAAUGGCCAUGCUUCAAUUGGAUUUCGGCGAAAUUCGUCGAAUCGUCGCUCAGAUUCCGCGAUUGCCAACAAAUGCUGACGCCGACGUGGCACAACCGGCAGAGACUUCAACAUCGCCCAUACUUCAAAAAUUUAUCGAUUCAAUGGAACCUGAAUUGAUUAUUGAUGAGGAGAUUUCGAGUAUUCAUCAGGUAAUAAUGAUUGAUGAUAAGGUUGAUGAGGUUGAGACGGAAAAAGUUGUGGAAAAAAACGAGGCUGAAGAAUUUGUUGAAGACGUUGACGAUGACUCGUUCAUAUACAAACGAUGGAUUCACGCAUCGAACACAAUUAUUCCGGAACCAUAUCUUCUCCAGAUUCCCGAGGAAGAGCUGCAAGCGUUGAAGAUGAGCUGCCCGCCCAAAUCCAAAGUGCACUCAAGAACUAUUUCACCGAUCGAGAAGAAGCUUUCGCCGCCGGGAAUGCCGGCGAUCAAGUUUUUUAUGAGGCGCGCAAGUUUGAAUAGGGCUGGCGAACCCGUUUCCAUGUUUCCUGAUGAUCUGAAGCCUGAUGAGCCGAAAAGAGCCUAUUUCUACUUCAGCUAUGCCCGUCGAAGUGGAGCAGUUGCGAGCGGUUCGAUUACCCCGACGACCAGUUCUCAUUCGUCGGAGAGAUGCAAGGACUCAACAGAUGCUACGCAAACCGUCAAAGUCGAUUCUAACGCACGUAAGCGAAAGGUGCUCAAUUGGGAGUCAACAUCGAGCUCCGACGAAGAGGAUCAGAAGAACAAAAGUGUCAAUGAUAGCAGAAAUGUUAAAAUUUUGAAAAAACGACCGGCCGCGUCGUCGAAACGCCUCAAAAUUGAAGUGAAAGCCGGCGAGAUAUCAAAAGCGGCGAAACCCGAAAUGAAACGAGCCGACAAUCCAUCGAAAAAAGGACAUGAGGUCUCAUCGUGCUUGACGGAACUCCUCAAUUUGGCGGGAAACUCGGUAACCCUUUGA